AUGGCGAAAUUAUUCAAGGGCAGUCACGCAGCGGGUAUCUUUGCUGAUAUGUCUGUCGAUGGUCCUCAGAUUGGUACUCUGGUUGCUAUCAUCGACCGCGCUAAGAACUUGCCGAAUCGCAAGACUAUGGGCAAACAGAACCCUUACUGUGCUGCACGAUUAGGAAAGGAAGCAAAGAAAACCCCCACAGAUCUGCGAGGAGGACAAACCCCCAGAUGGGACCACGAACUUCGCUUUACCGUACAUGAAUCUCCAGACUAUUACAAACUGAAAGUCUCUAUCUUCAAUGAUGACAAAAAGACCGAUUUGAUCGGCGAAACCUGGGUUGAUUUGAACAAUCUGAUUAUCCCAGGAGGGAGUCAGGACGACCACUGGCACCCAUUACAGUCGCGGGGUAAAUACUCAGGCGAAGUUCGAAUCGAGAUGACCUAUUAUGAUACUCGGAAACAGGAUGAGGCAGUGAUUGAGAAACGAAAGGGCGCUGCAGACAGAGUCCAGGGUAGACAACCAGCCGCCAGCCCAACGACGUCAACAAGCUCCGGCUUGUCAGGUCCCAGACAGCUGAACGCAGUCAAACGACGGCCUCUACCCACAGAUCCGUCCGGUGCAGCGCCACCUCCUCGACCGGAAUUUCCAGAGCAACCACAAACUGCUGCUUCAUUGCAUCAUCCAAUGCCCGAACGACCAAUCCGUGAACAAGUUCAAAACAUGCCAACAGCUCCUCCUCUAGAACCCGCUCCCACUCAACCUUACCUUCCAAGACACCACUCAGAACCUUCCUACGACCAGCAACCUAGUGCUCCACCUCACUCUCGAGCAUACGAUCCCCAUGAUUACCAUUACCGAGAACGCGAACAUUCAGCGCCUAUUGUACCUCCUGUUCCCGCUCUUCCCCCAGCUGGCUCCAUGAGACGGAACACAUAUGAAACAUCUUACGCCAACCAUGAAAUCCAAGAUCCUGCAUACGAUCCACGACCAUUACAACCACGCAGCCAUUCCGAUCACGAUAACUAUGCCCCACGUGAGUAUCGACAGGCACCACAGGAGCCUUCCUAUGAAAUGGAGUUGCGCGGCAGGGCUCCAUAUGAGCAAAGCCGACCAUCAGAAGAUAUAUACAGCCCACUUUCGCCUCAAUACAGCGCUCCUCCUAUGUCUUUUGGGCCCGUUUCAACAUUCACCCCCCGCAAUUCAGGGUACAUUGAUGAGCCGGCUCCUCUCGCUUACUCGCGUCCAAACUCAUCCUCUGGACCAGCUGGAGAACCUCGAUAUCAACCGCAUGAUAUGCGAGCAUUGCAGCCUAUGCGCCAUGAUGACCGCGAUGUUUAUCAUCCUGAAUAUGCAGGAAUGCAACCGCGCGUAGAAGACGAAGAUGAAGACGGCCCACCUCCUCCACCGCCAGUUCAUCGAUCUCGAAUGGCGCAGCAAUCGCAGCCCGCCCCGUCACCCGCCAGAGAGACCCCAUCACCAUAUCAGCCUUACUCUCCUGGGCAACAUAGCAAUGCUUCUUCAAUGCCUGUCAGUUUGGUUGCUGGGUACGAGACUGAGGAGCCGCCCAGUUUCGACGAUAGGAGUGGCCGGAGACGGAGCGCACACUUUGAUGAUGAAAUGAUGCUCUCUCAACCUCCUGGCCCUGGGGCUCUUGUCCCUGUUUCCAAGACUGCCCAACCACCACCACCAUCGUCAUACGACGCCCCUGUCUAUCCCCUGCGCACCUCUCCACGUCCCAUUGAUGAGCGGCCGACCUCAAGUCGGGGCCCAUCUGCCAGUCCUGAUACUCGGAUGGUCACCCGGAAAUCAGUCAGCCCUCGACCUUCCAUUUCAAGUGAUCGUGAACGCGGAUCUUCGAUCCCAUUCUCUCCCGACUCAUACAAUUCGCUCAAUCCAAAUGCGUCACGUUCAGCGACGAGCAGAGAUCCCACGCCUGUCUACGACUCACCAUCCCAAGCGAGGGAUGCAGCAAUGCGUGCAGAGAUGGAACCCGUGCGGCACCUUGAUCAACCCAUAAUCGGUGACGAUGGUCGCGAGAUCGAUCCUUCUGAUCACCUUCCCACAGACACUUGGGCACCAGAGCCUGAGCGGAAGAACCGUAAACCAGAAGUGAUCAUUCGUUUCAAACACAAUGCUCGACCUACCUCUCGCGGGAAUGAAGCUUCAACUCGCAGCAGCGGGCCACCACGCGUAGGCUUCAGAACAGAGACGAGCUCAUAUAGCUCGGAUCGACCGAGAUACACAGCAAGCCAUUCCCAACCAAGCGCAGAGGUAGAAAGAACACCGCCACGGGGCUAUGAUAACUAUGGAAGUCACACACAGGCCCGAGGCUACAGCACACCAACAUCCACCGAGCGUCCCCGCUCUUCUCGAGGCUCCGUGUCACCCUCCCCUAGUUCUCGCUCCCCAUUAUAUGACUACAGCCCGGGUCCACCAAUUCCAUCGAAAGUACCCGUCUCCCAAGGCCCUCCUAGCUACCCCGUGACAGCCAAUAACCCGAGCUCUGGAAAUCCCGGCAUGGAUGCAUUGAGUCGGGAGCUCAAGACCAUUGAUAUUGGCUCCUCGGGAUGUAGCCCAAGCCGUGCAGUCCGAAGAUAUGCUCCGCCUCGCGCGUCUGCAUCAAUGGGAUACGCCAGCUAG